AUGCAUCUUGCUGCAAUAAACAUCGCUGACAAACUUAUCCCAAUCUGGCGCGGCUCGUUUCGAUGCGAACCCACCGACGACAAAGAGACAUGGGACUGGGCCGUUCUCAAGGGUCGGGUAUGGCAGGACCACGGAAAAGCUGUAGCGGAUGCUACUCCUUACCUUCCCGGAUCAUUUGAUCGUCCCCCCCGAAACCCUGCACAGAAAAUCAAUAGUGGGUACAAAGCCUGGGAGUUUUUACUCUACCUCUUCGGUCUCGGACCUGCGAUCCUCUAUGGUGUUCUCCCCGACGUCUAUUGGAAGAACUUCUGCAAGCUCGUUCGUGGGAUUCGAAUCAUGCAGCAACACAAGAUCCUUGCAUCUGACUUGUGCGAAGCUCACGAGAUGCUUGCGCAGUUCGAGAAGGAGUUCGAACUCCUGUACUAUCAGCGUCGUGUCGACCGCCUCCACUUUAUGCGACCGUGGGCACAUUCACUUGGACAUCUUGCACCCGAGACUAUCACCAAGGGUCCUCCCAUCUGCUCCUCGCAGUGGACCAUGGAACGGACGAUUGGUAACCUUGGUCGUGAAAUCCGUUCACAUUCUCAACCUUACGCAAACUUAUCGGAACGUGGUGUUCGGCGUUGUCAAGUCAACGCGCUCAAAGUCAUGAUUCCGACUCUCGACCCACCAACAGACACACUUCCACGCUGCUCAGUUGACUUAGGUCAUGGAUACGUGCUCCUCACUAAACGAGAACGGACGCCUCAUCACUUACUGGAACAUGAAGCAAAUGCCAUGGUUUCAUACCUCAACACACAAGGACUUGAUAUUGUUCCAACACAAUGUCCCCGUGUUACCCGAUGGGCAAGGCUCCGUCUUCCAAACGGACAAAUCGCACGGUCAAGCUGGAAAGAGAAUGAUAUGACGCGCAUGCCACGCAUGGCACGUAACGUCAAGCUUUCUCUCAACGAACGAACACAUUUUGGCGAAGUUCAAUUUUAUUUUCAGAUCCACGUCAACAACAUCAUCAAGACUCUUGCUCUCGUUUCAUUAUAUUCACCACCCAACUACCAACUUCUCCAAGAAUCGUACCAUACGUUAUACUCAUGCACGUAUCAAGGGAAUGAUGCACUCAAACUUGUCGACGUGUCUACAAUUCAGUCUGUUAUAGCAAUGGUGCCCCACAAGCUCCCUGGUAGUCUGGAGCUCCGUUUUUUCCUAGUCGAAAAACCAGGACUUGAUGUCGCACAAAUCGCAGGCCAUAUUGAUAACGACGAAGAUGGUGACGAGGAUGAGGAUCUUUGGAUUGACUAG